GAAUCCUCUCCAGAACGACCAGUUGCCAUUCCACAACAUAAUGGUCAAACUGUGGUAGAAAUUGAACUUUUCCCAAUCGAUCCAACACAAGAUAUGUUGGUAUCUGUCUCUGCAAAGCUAUGCAAACACCCUAUUGCCACAACAAUAGCACCAGUCACUUCAGCAACCGCAUCAACUCAACCGACAACUACACCACUGUUGUGUGACAUAUCAGAAGCGAUGGAUGAUGAAUCUUUCAUCCCAGAUACAGCCAUCUCUCUCAAUCCGUUAAUUGGCAAUCCCGGUGACAUCAGACCAGGUUUUGCAUGGAGAACUAAUACGAAUGACACGAGGAUUAUCACAUUAGAUAUUGGCCCCAACCUAGAUGCCGGAGGUUCAAUUCGCCUUGUUCGACACGAGAAUGUGAAGUCCUAUACAGUUUUCAUAUCCCGUCCAUCAGCAAAAAUCCUAAUCAAGACAUCCACUCCAGAUCGAACUAUAGACAUUCCACAACAUAAUGGUCAAAGCUUGGUAGAAAUUGAACUUUUGCCAAGCCAUCCAUUACAAGAUAUGUUCGUGUCUCUCUCUGCAAAGCUCUGUAAACACCCUAUCAGAACAACAAUGGCACCACUCACUCCAUCAACUGUAUCAACUCCACCAACAACUAAACCCC